CUGAAAAAUGACUCCAGCGUUGUUGUGACGACAGCGAGCAGCAAGUAUAAAUGCAGGGCAGGAAAGUUAUCGGCUCAUACCUCCAGACUUGGCCUUUACGGGUCACCAACCGCUGCGAGAGGCUGAGAGUGAGAGCGACCAUCACAUCCGCCGGCGGUGCGCUCCAACAGAAGCAGGAGAGUUCGGAUACUUCCCAGACGACCAACUAAAUGAUCAUGAAGUCGACAUGCCUGCUCAUCUUGGCUUCUUUCGUGGUCUGCAACUUGAGAGUGUGUGGCGGACAGGGCAUCCCCGCUGAGGACGACGUGGACCGAAGGACCAUAGACGACAUCAUACUGCAGAGAGCAGAGAGUCUCCUGUUACGAUCAAUUCUCCAAAAGCUGCAGGAUGAAGACGGCAGAAACGAUGGUUUUCCCUCUCAGACCGAAUGGGUGACAAAACGGCAGCAUCCCGGUAAGAGGUACAGCGACGACCUGGAGAAGCGGCAGCAUCCGGGCAGGAGAGAUGAGGACGAGGAUGAACAGUACUUGGAUGUUCAAAGGAGACAGCACCCGGGCAAACGCGAAGACGAAAUGCACUCGUUCAUGGAGAACAUCCAGAAAAGGCAGCACCCGGGGAAGCGCACCACGGUGGGACACAUUUCUGAGAACCCCGUGAUGUUCCUGAGUGAACUUUCAAAACGACAGCACCCGGGCAAGCGCUACCUGGUGCUGCACAGCAAACGCCAGCACCCAGGUAAGCGCUAUCUGGAGGACGAGGACGGCGAUGGGGACUGGGAUGCGGACGCAGAUGGAGACGAAGACCUCGCUGAGCUGGAAAAGCGUCAGCACCCGGGGAAACGCUUUUGGGAUAACUCCAGCCCGGAUUUGGGCACAAACAGUCCGUGUGACGUAUUGGACCCUACGAGCUGCAGCAAGACCAGCCUGCUGCUCGACUUUUUAGACAACAUAAACAAGAGUCACGCCGAGGAGAAGAGACAGCACCCGGGUAAAAGGUUUGCGCCCGAGGAGGAGCCAGUGGAAGCAGAGUAGGUUCAGCUGAAGUCUGGUGUGCGUUUACUGCUGUAUUGUAAACACGUACAUGUGUAAAUUAAGUGACCAUGAUGAAUCAUUAAAAACGAAAAAAGAAUUGACACCGUUUAACCUUUCAUUUAACCAGUUCGUGUAUCAUCAGUGCAAAAAAGAACAAAAAAUACGUUUAACUGCUGUUUGUUUCUUUGGAGAGCUUGUGCGUAAUUGUCCUCCAGACUGUGUCGCUGUAAAUAAGUCUCUCAUGAGAGUGCGUGACAGCGCUGAACUUUAUUUGUCAUAAUUAACACCAUCAUGAUUUAUUCCGUUUAUUCAGGCUACUUGUGCUCAAGUCCGAGAAUGAAAGCAUCAGUCUAUUGGCCUCUGCAGCGUUGCCUCUGUGAGGAAACACGCUCCUUCAGUACGUGCUUGAAAUAAAGAUCAAUCAAAGUGGCUCACGUUCGCGGUCACGUGUAGGAAAUCCAUCCAUCCACUGACUGAUUGAUUUUUGUGUUUUGUUUUUUUUUUCAUUUGUUUUAUUAUUAUUAUUGCUACAUGUGUAAAAUAUAAUUAAUACCACAGCAAAUAAGAUGUGUCAUUGAUUAUUUUUCUACUCAUCUUUGCAUGGAUUAAUUUAUUUAACCUGAUGUUGUUAAAUUAUUAAGCUACCCUUGCCUUAAAGUCAACCACCAAUGUUUUUGUUGGACAAUAAAACGCAUUGGUAAAA